AUGGUGGCCAUGUGGGUGGUGGCGAUUGUAGUGGCAAUGGUGGAUGAUCAUGGUGAUUUGCACAAAGAGCUUCGCACGCGCACGGCUACUUUAAAGCAAAUCAUGCGUAAUGAGCUUUUGAACGGUAGCUCUAGUGGGAGUAUCACGGGCUACCAGAGGGCCUUGAGCCUUUUGGAGCAAGCUCAAAAAGCAACCACCAAUGUGGAGAAAGAAAUCUCUGUGCUGAUUGCUAAUGGGGACAUUUAUGACAGCCAGGUCAGAUACAGCUCACCAGCAGGGAUCGUCAGGUGCCCCUUCCUCAUGAGUGAACUCCUACCUGCCAAUUACCUUCCUAAAGCCAGCGUUAGAGUUGAGCCUAUUACAGAGGCGCCUCAAUCACUAAUCGAAGUUGGUCAUCCAGGAAGGACAGUACCCUCAUUGGGCUUCAGUCUCACGGAAUAUUCUGUAAUAUCCCCAGUUGCAUCACCCACCUACACCUUCUCUUAUGAUACAAGCAAUAUCCACACAUAUUCGCCACUUCGUAUCUUUCUCCGACUCCAUUUGGUUCCAGUUCAAGAACAGAGCCCUAAGGCGUUGGCCAAUGCUGUUACACAGAGAAAGCAAGGACGGCUGAAUGUAGUAAAGCAAUCUAAAGCGAACCAUGUCCUGAAAAAGUUUAUGAACUCCGGGAUUCGAGAGCCUUGCAACGAGCUAUCUGACAUUCUACAGAUGGCAAGCCAGUUCACACAACAUGUGCCACCCCAGAUGUCGGUUUCAGCUGUACAUGGGCUCCACCUUGGAGCUGCCGGUAUCUACGGAGUCCUUUGUGCAGCUAGUGGGGCCAUUUCGAUGUAG